GGCUGGAGGUGCGGCGGGGCGUACGGGCAGCGGCGGGCAGGACCGGGCGGCUCAGCGCUCGUCCCGGCACCGCCCGCUCCCGAGGGCGAGGAGAUCCGCGCUCCCCCUCCAUCCCCCCUGGCCCCGCAGCGGGGGGGGGGUCUGGGGGAGAGUUGGGGCGAGGGGCGGCCCUCUGGGCUGCCCGCUCCCCACCGGGGGCUCCCCGCGGACCUUUCACCUGAGCCGGUGUUUACAGCCGCGCACGGAUCCGUGCCCACGCUGCCGGGAUGCGGCCGAGCUUGUUCAUCCUGCUCUGCCCCUGGGGAAACUGAGGCACGGGUGGGUGGGGACGGCGGCGCUCCCCGGGAGGUGCUCGACCGAGAGCCGCCUGCCUCCCCGCCUCCCCCGGGCACAGCUCGGCAGAGCCGGAGCCGCCGUGGGAGCCCCCACGUACCUUCCCGACGCUCCGACCCCCGCCUGCUCUCCCAGUUCUUCUUUGCCGACGAGAGGGUGACGCGGGUGGUGACUGAGAUCAACGGGCUGGAUGCCGAGCUGGACCCGCAGCAAUACCUGGUGCUCCUCAACCAGCUCCACCUCAGCCAGGCUCAUCUGCUGGCCGUCCUGGAGCGGAUCAUGGAGGAGUGCAUCCCCACGCAGCGGCACAGCCGUGACUACCUGGUCAAAUUCCCUGAGGAGCUCUUGGUGGACAACUUGGGGAACCACAUGCUGUUUGCUGCCGAGUGUCUCCUGGCUGGGACCUUCCUGGACGUGGAGGAGGCGGACGGGGUGCAGCUGCGGCCCCAGGCCAGGAACCUGCUGUGCAGCCUGGAGCUGGUGCGGACGGUGCUGCGGGAGCAGAGCCUGAGCCAGCCUGGCUCUUACCCCGAGCCCGUCCGGGCUGUGCUCGUCCAGUUCGACCGGCUCUUUGCGGAGUUUGAGCUGAGCUAUGUGUCCUCGCUGGUGGCAGUGAAGUCUCCUGAGGAGAUCUACAGGCAGCAGGAGAUCAUCGUGCUCUUCUGUGAGACGGUGGAGAGAGCCCUGCGCCUGGGCUACCUGACCCAGGAGAUGAUUGAUGGCUACGAACCGCUGCUGAUGUUCACCAUCCCUCGACUGGCCAUUAUCAGUGGUCUCCUCAUCUACCCUGAGGGUCCCCUCAGCCUGGAGCGGAGCCCUGAGCAGAUGUCCCAGGUCUUCAGCCCCUUCUACAACCUCCUGAAGAAGAUCAGGGACCUGCUGCGGGUGCUGUCGGUGGAGGAGCUCUGCCUGCUGGAGAGGAGCCUGUGCACAGCCGAACUGGACGAUCCCUGCGGUCCAGCCACCCCCACAGCUUGGGGGGCAGCCAUACCCAGAGUGGAGCCCCCUGCUCCCUGGGGUCCCCUGGAGGUCCCCUGCACCACCACCCCCCCCACCACCUGCACAACGUGGCUGGGACCCCCUGGCACGGUGGAUGACCCAGGCACCGACCAGCGGUGGGGCCCUCAGCCCCCCGGGAGCAACCCAGGGACGGGGCUUGAUGCCACCCUGGAUGCUCACUGCUCAGAGCUGCGCUCCCGCUAUGGCAGCACCAAGGACAUGCUGCACACUCUCUUCGUCUGCAUCUCAGGGGUGGCCGAUCAGCUCCAGACCAACUUUGCCAGUGACCUGCGGAGCAUCUUGAAAACAGUUUUCAAGAUCGUUGCCUCGCAGGCAGAGCCCUCGGAGGAGGCGCGUGCCAGCCAGGAAGAGGACGGUGACCCGUGUGCGGCAGACGCUCCUCGCGUGGCCGACUGUCCCCUGUGCUCCAGCCCCACGGGGGCUGCCGGGUUCCAGAGAGCAGGCACCCCCCACCUGCCCGAGUGGGUGCCGGACAGCACGUGCAGCCAGUGCUCUGCCUGCCACUCGCCCUUCACCCUGCUGCGCCGCCGGCACCACUGCCGCAGCUGCGGGAAGAUCUUCUGUGCCCGCUGCUCGCCGCAUGCCGCCGCGCUGCCGCACUACGGCCAGCCGAAACCCGUGCGUGUCUGCACGCACUGCUACGCCACGCACCUCUCGCCCACUCCCCGGCGCGCCCGGUGACAGUGAGACCCCCCCCCACACACACAUCCACACCCCCCUCCCCACGCCAGGUCGGCACCUGCAGGAGGCUGCAGUCUGGGGAGGGGGUGGGGGGAAAGGGUCCCUCCGGGGCUGCUGGGCGGCUCCGUGGCCCCACGACUCCCCUCGGGGCCGGGUGGGCACUGUGGCAGGACCCCCCCCACCCACGCACGGCGGCAGGACCGCCUCACCCGCUGCACCGCGGCCGUACCCUGGGUGGAAAUGUGCUUCGUGGUGGUGGUGUGGUUUUUUUUUUUCAGGUGAACUUUGGCUGCUGUUGGGCCCCAGGGCAGAGUCUCCCCCCCCCCCCCCCCCCCCCGCCCUGCGGGGCCCGGCCUGAGAAGGUGCAAACAGCCCUCACAUGACGGCGGGUGC